GGAAAUCAACCUCUCUCACACCUCCAGUGAUUUACACUGAAUGCAGGAGCAGAAUAAGCUUGAGUCUCUGCCUCAACCGCAUUUCACUCAGGAGUUUAAAGAUCAUUUAAGUUUUAUAAGCUCCUGGCUCGCACUUUUACUGAGGCUGUGGUGGUGGCCAGUUCUCCCGAGGGAUGAUUCUGGGCUCCCGAGGCCAGGGAGCGACAGCCCAGCUCCUGCAGUGGACCAUCGCCUCGUCCUGGUGCCUAUGCAGCGGAUCUGAGAGGAGAUGAGACCCGCAAUUUACCACCUCCUCGCCGGCUGCCUCUGCCUGUUACGCACCGUCGCUGAGGAGUCUCCUCUCCCCCGGGAGCUGUUGGAGCGGCUCUCCCGCAGCGACAUCCGCAGCAUCAGCGACCUCCAGCGGCUGCUAGAGAUAGACUCCGUAGAGAACGAGGUGAUCGAGGAGACCAAACACCGCUACCACAAGGACUUUUCUCACAGCUUCCCUGACCUGAAGAGAGCACACACGCCCACCAGACACAGGAGGAGCACUGUGGUGGAAGAGGCCUUGCCAGCGGUGUGUAAGGUGCGGACGACGAUCUAUGAGAUCCCCAGGAGCCAGGUGGACCCCACCUCGGCCAACUUCAUCAUCUGGCCGCCCUGCGUCGAGGUGAAACGCUGCACUGGCUGCUGCAACACCAGCAACAUGCGGUGCCAGGCGUCCCGCAAGCACCACCGCACGGUCAAGGUGGCGAAGGUGGAGUACGUGCGGAGGCGUCCCAAGCUGAGGGAGGUGCAGGUGAAGCUAGAGGAUCACCUCGAUUGCAUGUGCACCAACAAACGCCACAUCAGCCCAAACUCAGACACAGACAAUGUGAAUCUGACUGUAAAUCACACAAUGAAUGACAUCAGUCCAGGUGAUAUUACACUGGAGGGCUUGCAGGAGUGUCCUGUAAUCCAGAGGUCAAAGGAUAAACACGUCCACCUCCCACCAUCAGACGUGCCCACUGGAUACAGGCGGGACGGAGAGAUCGCUGAGGUUUGGCAUCGUCGGAUGAAGAUUUACUGCUGUGUGGUCAAGGCUGAUGUUUUGGCUCUGGAUCAUGUGAAGAGGGCCUGCAGGUGA